AUGAUGGUAAACAAAGUUCUUAUUCCACGUCUGAGACGCGAAAUAUCCGAAAAUGAGGGACGAAGGCGAACUGCGCGGGCCUGCGACACGUGCCGACAGCGGAAACUGAAGUGUGACGGCAAAAAGCCUACAUGCGCCCAGUGCGAUGCUCACGGUCUAACGGCAUGCGAUUAUUCCGAGGCAAAAAGUGUUAGAGAGCGGAAGCAGCUAGAGUUGGCUCAGUUGAAAAUUGGAGUCUACGAGGACUUGCUUCGGAAUAUCUCCAAUACAGUCGACGAGUCGACUGCCAAACAAGUUCAACGCGCCCUUAAAGACCCAUAUGGAACAUGGAGUGAACGGCGAAGCAGUUCUUCUAAUGCUUCAUUUUCAUCGAUUGGCUCUCUGGACAAUAUUGAUACGGUGGGUGAAGAUCUCAAUCGAAGCAAGGAAAGCAGAGCUACAGGAUACAUGGGUAAAGAUUCUGAAAUUGCGUGGAUGCAACGGUUGGAGUCGAAUGCUCCGAGCCAGAGCAGCAACUCGGAUUCUUUAGGGAAUCCUUCAAAAGACCGGCUUCUCGUCAGUGGCUCCAUCAGCCCAAUGAACUAUCAUCUUGACUACCAUCAUCUGUCCGAACCUGAAGUGAGGAAUGCUUUCGUCCUACCGCCGAAAGCGCUGGCAGACCAUCUACUCCAUAUUUUUCGCACUAACGUCGACACGUCCUUUCCAAUCCUCCGAUGGGGCCUAUUCAUGGAUCAGUAUCGCCGACUUUACUCAGAAAGCUCGAUAAACCCCGGAAGGAGGUGGUUGGCUGUCUUCAAUAUGGUCCUUGCUAUUGGUCGGAACUUUUGCCGAGCCUCCCAGCAAGAUCUGCAGGAUAACGCUGAUGAAGACGUGUUCUUUGCUCGAGCGAAGUCCCUGAACAUAUCGGAUACUGUUCUCUUUGGCUAUGAGGAUCUGCAACAAGUGCAGGUCGAGACUCUGAUGGCGUUAUAUUUUCUGACAGUUUCUCGGGUUAAUAGGUAUGGUCCCCAAACAUCUGUUAUAAGGGGAUUCGUUCCUGUGGAUGCUUUUUUGUGCAUCGCAUUAGGACUUAAUAUUCGAAGAACGAAUAAUACGUUUGAUACGGAAUCCAACGAAGCGCGGAAGCGGCUGUGGUGGUCGAUAUUCUACCUGGAACACCUGCUCUCUGUCAUGACUGGCCGAGCCUCUUGUCUUGGAGAUGGUUCCUGCUCUGCACCUCCACCGCUGCUCUUUGGAGACUCAGAGUAUGGGUUGUCUAUUGUUGACUCGAUGGAGUCUGUCCAGGCCUACGACCUGCAAUGGACGGUCUUUCAACGCGACGAACAGACCGAAUCCCAACAUACGUUCUUGAAAUCUAUGGAGCCCAGCGCGUCUCUCUACUUCUUUUAUCUAGUAGACUUGGCUUUGAUCACGCAUGCCAUCACCAAUCGCGAGCAUAGUACGAGCAUCUUUCGAGACGGUUGGAUUCAGAUCGAAAGUCGCAUUGGGAUUUACAAUCACAAGUUAGAUCAAUGGGUAUCUGGCUUACAUCCUUCCUUGGCCUUUGAAGACAAGCAUGGUAAUCAACUCCUCAGGAGUAGAUCAAAUUAUCAAGUCUCGUUAGCAUUGCACUAUUACAGCGCUCGGGUUGUCCUCAAUCGGCAUUGUCUUACACGCCCAGAAAUUGUCGAAAAUAGCGGCAUCAGGUUUCCACGAUCCCGGUUCUACAACAAAACCUCUUCAGCAUUCCUACGUGCUUCUUUGGCGCUCAUCGCUGUCCUACCAGAUCAACCAGAUAUGGAUUGGGCCUACAAUGUCGCCCCAUGGUGGGGUUUCCUGCAUUUUCUGAUGCAAGCCACUAUAGCUUCCCUUAUACAUUUGUCGGUUCUCUCAGUAUCAGCGAGGUCCGAGGCUGACGAGGGCGCUACUGGGUCGGUGGAAACGCUUGAAGUUGUUUUUGCCGCGACUAAGAAAGCACUCCACUGGCUUCAUUGCCUAGGGAAAUCUGAUGAGGCCGCUCGUCGAGCUUUUCUGCUUUGCGACAGCCGCAUUCGCCGUAUAGCCCCUAGCAAGGGCCUGGAUUUGAGUGACAUACCCCCCACGAGUGAUUUAUCCCAGACGCCUAGCGCUGUCCACCAUCCGCAGCAGGGGGGUAUACCAAGAGAGACAAGCAACUGGAAGAUGCAACGAGAUCAUGGCACCGAUAACCCCCAAUCGCCAAAAUCAACGGCCUCGCGGGGUUUUGGAAACAAUGAAGGAAGCGAGGAUGUACAGUUUCAAGAGUUCGAAGAGGCACAAAUAUCUCGAGACAACCUACGGGGUCUUUGUGCGGUGCUUGACACUGAUAUUGCUCUGUCAGAGUGGAUUUUGGAUCCGACCGACGCAAAUUUUGAAGACUUAUUAUUAUUGAUGAUGGGGCCCGGUGUAUAG